UUACAGUAAAAACAAUACAAUUUUGUUUGUUAUAGCAUUGUAAACUAAAAACGUAUGAGAUAUUCACUCACUGAAUUAUUCAGAGCAGGAAGACCGAGUGCAUUUAAUCAGAAGAACCAGUUGCAAUGUGAAAGUCCGUGAUAAAAUUCCAAUAAACACCAGUUAUGUGAUGUCCACGUAAUGUUCACCUAUGCAAAUGCAUAAUUUCGUAACUUUGUAGUGAAAAUGUGCAGGUUGUAUAAAUGUUUAGUGUUAUAAUAUUAAGUACCUUGAAACGACAGUGUGAUUUGAUACUAAGGCAAUUAAACGCAAAAGUGUUAACGAGGUGACAACCAGAUGCAAUCAGCUCGCUAAUCAUUAGUACUUUGAGGAAUCAAGACAACCCGGAUACCAUAGGCAAGUGUGUCAGUGUCCGACCGUGCACCGAUUUCACCUGCGGCUGCGUCACGCACGUCCGCGCCAUUCGCAUACUCGCUCUCCACUUGGACUAGGCUUCUGAUAGAUCAACUUACAGAAUCAUUAGUUUUGCAUGAGUAUAGCGUAUCGUAGAACGGCGCGACUGCGGCUGUAAGUGAAAGUGAACACGAUGAGCGAUGCGGGACACCAGCUGAGCUGACGUGACGUCGUGCGUGACGUCGCGGACAUGGGCCAUGUGGAGGAUCUGUGGUGUCAGUAAAGCAGAGCCGGUGCUUUUCGGCGAUAACGUCGAUGAUGAGUUUCAGCCGACAUGGCGGCUGUGGGGCGAGGAGCGGGUGGAUGGUGCCAUUUACACGGUGUAUCUGAAAAAGGUGCGCUAUCAUCGACCGACGCGAAGCGCUUCCAGUGAGUCCGAUGACGAGAUAUCCCACCUGGAGUGGGAGACGGUGCGCGUGCGCUUCGUGAAGGCCGGUACCGUCGAGAGGCUGGUGGAAGCGCUGGCUACCGACGACGGGGAGCUUGAGUCCACUUAUGUCAAUGUGUUCCUCGCCACAUACCGUUCGUUUGCGGAGUGCAGCCGAGUGCUGGACCUGCUGCUGCGACGGUACCAAGCCCUGGCUGCGGAGGAGGUGGUCCCCGCCGCCGUCGACACCUCGCAACAACACCGAAGGACUCUGGUGGCAUGUCUCCAUGUUUGGCUGGACACCUACCCAGAGGACUUCAGGCAGCCGCCGCACCACCCCGCGCUGCAGCAGCUACUCGCCUUCACGCAGCUACACUUACCCGGCUCUGAGCUUCAUUCGAAGGUAUUACAGAAGUUAGCGAUAUUCAGCGCAGAACGCAAUGGAUGUGGUGGGGCGGGUGGUGUGGGGGGCGGCGUGUGCCUGGCGCCCGGCAUGCGGCUGCCGGCGCAUCACACCAGCAGCUACCGCCUGCCGCACGUGCCCCACAGGCAUUUUGCAGAACAGCUUACUCGCAUGGACAUGGAGCUCUUCAAGAAAUUAGUGCCGCAUCAAUGUCUCGGCGCCGUCUGGUCUCGACGAGAUAAAGACCGAUCCCACGACGCCGCUACCGUUUUAGCGACCGUCAAUCAAUUCAACGCGGUAUCAUUCAGAGUCAUCUCUACAGUACUCGUAGAACCCAACCUGAGGCCCCACGAACGAGCCGACAUACUCGCGGCUUGGUUAGAUAUCGCUCGCGAAUUGAGAGUGCUCAAAAAUUUCUCUUCGUUGAAAGCGAUCAUUUCUGGACUACAAAGUAAUCCAGUUUAUAGAUUAAGAAAGACUUGGGCGAUCCUUCAGAAAGAAAAGGCAGAAUUGUUCGACGAGCUUGCUCGAAUCUUUAGUGAAGAUAACAACAGAUGGGCUCAAAGAGAAUUGCUGAUGCGCGAAGGAACUGCGAAAUUCGCCGACACUGUUGGAGAAAAUGACAGACAGUUACAGAAAUUAUUGCACGAGCGGGGAUCGCCCGGCGUGAGCCACGGUACGAUACCGUAUCUUGGAACGUUUCUAACCGAUCUCACGAUGAUCGAUACCGCUAUCCCCGAUACCGUAGCGGACGGCCUUAUAAACUUUGAUAAAAGAAGGAAAGAAUUUGAGGUACUCGCACAAAUAAAGUUAUUACAAGGAGCUGCCAACGCUUAUCAUUUACCGCCCGACCCGAUGUUCGAUCGAUGGUUCGACUCUGUGAUAGUACUCGACGACCGAGAGUCAUAUCAGCUCUCGUGUCAAAUAGAACCGCCAACAAACCCGCCUAAAGAGAGGCGACCGAAGAAAAUAAACGACUAUAGCAAUGGUCAACAAGGACACAGAAAGAACGAUUCCAUCGCGAGCACAAGUUCUAGUAAUAGUUCGCAAUUUUAUUGUGAAACGGACGGUGUUACCGGUACCGCUUGGAAGAGAGAUAGUCUGGAACGAAAAUCGUCGCCGACAAGGUUGUCGCACGGUUCUUCGUCGUCAUCGUUACCAUCUCUCGACGUUUCGUUAUCGAGUGCGAAUAGUGGUCAGAAGCAGGCCAAUGGGAAGACGAGUGCGGCGAGUCCGGCGCACGCCAGCACCCGGAGCGGGCCGGACUUUUACAUCAUCCGCGUGACGUAUGAGUCGGAGUGCGCGGAGACGGAGGGCGUAGUGCUGUACAAGUCUAUCAUGCUGAGCAACAACGAGCGCACGCCGCAGGUCAUCCGCAACGCUAUGCUCAAACUCAACCUUGACGGCGAUCCUGAUGGGUACACUUUGGCACAAGUUUUGCCAGACAAAGAAAUGCUGCUGCCUGCGAACGCAAAUGUAUAUUAUGCUGUAAAUACGGCGUACAAUUUGAACUUUAUUCUUCGACCGCGGAAACCUCAGCAGAAUGAGAUUCCGAAUGGGAAAGCACGCGGCAAGCGUCCUUGAUUGUUAACCUGUUAAAUUAUUGCCUUUCUAAAUGCUGCCAAGAAGAAAAGAAACGUUAAGAACGUAGAUGAAUUAUUUGCUCUGUGAGCAGAAAAUUGUCUUCGAGGACGGGAAUUCACAAUAAAAAAUAAGAAUGUGGAAAAAUGGAUGAGCUCGACUAGUAAACGAUAUUGAAAUUUAGGUACAUGAAAGAAAUGUAUAAUGUAUGCGUGAUACACCUAUUGCGUGCUCACAGAUUUAGAAUUAAUAAGUACCUAUACAAAUCUGUGUGCGUACUUACAUGGAC